AUGGCAGAAGAGAACGAAGCUGCCUCGCUGGAAGCUUGGAGGAAGAAGAGCUGCCCGACCAACCUGCCGCGGGGCGAGGGGGGGGCAGGUUUCUGCUCCCCCCCCCGAAGGGCCCGAAGCGAGGUGGGGAGAAAAGGGGGCGCCACAGACCCCCAUAGGAAGCCCCGGCUCCCCGGCGGCGGACACCGAGGUUGGGCCCCGAAACAAGAUGGGCGUGUAAACUAUCUGGGCACCGAACCCUUCGGGCCCAGAAAUCAACCGAGCUGCGGCGUGGCCUUCACCAGGCCUCGCAAGAGGACCGGCGGCGGCGGCGGCAAAAGCGGGUGGGCGGCUGCUCGUACCCUCAGAAACGCGUUUUUCUCUCUCCAGAGAGAAGCGAGCGGACCCAACGACUGUGAAAGCUUCCCCCUUCACGCUCCGGCACUGCGCAUGCCCCGCAGCUGGUCAGAGAGGCAAGCGCAUGCCCAGCGGCCGGCGGCGCGCAUUGGAGCGCAUGCUCGGAGAGGGGCCCUCUUUUGGCCGUUUUAG